AUGCGAAGAUCGCGUCACCAGCCAUUGGCGCUUGCGCGAAGUCCGGCGAAUGGGAAGUGGCCCUCUCCUUGCUGCGCCUGUUCUGCAGCCAAUUCGGACAAGCUCCUGUACAGAGCAUCCAUCACCGCUUGUGGAAAGGGCCUUCGCUGGGAUUUGUCGUUGGCGCUGCUUGCCGAAAGCCUGAGCCGGCAGCACUUCGACAGCUUCACAUAUUGUGCUGCUAUCAGUGCUUGCGAGAAGGGAUUCGAAUGGCAACGCGCUGUUGCCUUGUUCUCUGAGAUGGCAUCCAUGAAGAUGCAACCGGACAGCAUUGCCUACAACGCGUUGAUCCUUGCUUUGGAUCGCACAUUCAAGUGGGAGCUCGCUUUGCUAUGGUGCUUAUCAGCGCUGGAGACCGGAGCUGCUGAUCAGGGAACUUUACUGGGUGCAAUUGGUGCCCUCGCCACAUCCGGGCAGUGGGAGCAGAGUUUGCAGCUUCUCCUCCUUCCUGUCUCAAGCCACCUGUGUUGGCCAGACCUGGAUGCCUACGGACAUGCGCUUCUGGCAGCCUAUCGAAGUGAGCACCCCGAGGUAUGGCGAGCCUGCUUAACCAUGCUGAUGGACAUGCCGCGGCAGCGGCUUCAUCCAGGACCUUCCGAGUUCGCCUGUGCUGCCCGGAUAUGCGGCAGAGGGAAGCAAUGGUUGGAGGCACUUGCACUCCAGUGGGCUGCGAGCUGCAAAGCGCAGCCGUUGCAGGAGAUUGACAGUGCCUUCACUUGGGCUCACGAGGCUGCCAGCAGCUCUGCCCCGGUGGACGGUGCUGUCGUGCCUCUUCCGAUCUGA